AUGGGUGAGAAUGGUGGUGUUGUUGGUAAAUAUAUUUCAUAUAAUGAUAGAGAUUUCAAAUGGGAAGCAGAUUGUAUAGUAUCAAUAUUUGAAAUUAUGAAAGGUGAUAGUUUAGCUGGUGAUUUAUUCGUUGAUUUAUUAAAUGAAUUUUCAAUACUUCAACAAAGAAAAGACACGAAAAGAGGUCACCAAUAUUAUGUACUCAUUCAAUUCAUCAUUAUCAUGAGUGAAGGGUUAGGUGUUGCUGUUCUAAAGAAUGUAAUUCAAGUUUGUACAUUUAUUAAAGUUAUGUUAUCAAGAUCAAUCUCAAAAUUUAAUAGUGGUAAAGAGGAUGAAGAAGAUAUUGAAUCGUUAACUCUAUCCCUAGGCAUUUUAACAACCCUAUUAACUGGUGAAAUUAAAGUAAGAAAAGAUGAAGAAAUCAUUAUAUUCGAUCUUUUAUCUUUAGUUGAACAAUUAUCUUAUCAUUCAAAUGAAAUGAUUUCAACAAUGGCUUCUCAAAUUAAAACAAUUAUAACUGCAAAGAAACCAAUUUGGUUAAUUAAUGAUAAUAAUAAUAAUAAUAGUAAUAUCAAUGAUGAUAAUAAUAAUUCACCAAAUGAACAAGGUAAUAAAUUAAAAGAGAUUUUAAAUGAUUUAAGUCAUCCAUUAUUACCAAUUAGAGCACAUGCUUUAAUUGAAUUAAGAAGAUUAGUUUUAUCAAAGAGUGGUUUAAUUGAACAAAAUUUAAAGAAUGUUUUAGAAAUUUUUAAAACUCAAGUUAAUGAUGAUGAUACAUUUAUUUAUGGUUGUUCAAUUAAUGGUUUAUCGGCGUUAGGUGAUAUUUAUCCAAAUAGAAUAUUACCAAUAUUGAUUGAAUCAUUUUUAAAUAAAUCAUUUCAAGAAUCAAAGAGAAUGAAAUUGGGUGAAGCUUUAAUUCAAAUCUCUCAACGUUGUGGUGAAAUGUUGCCAAACUAUGCCACUCAAUUAGUUCCCACCUUUCUAUUGGGUUGUAGAGAUGAUUCAGUUGGUGUUAGAACUAGCAGUCUUUCAAAUUUAGCAACACUUUGUGAAAUGAUGCAUUAUUCAAUCGAUAGUUAUUUAGUUGAAAUUUUACUUUGUACAAAUUCAAUUCUAAAAUCUGAUCCUGAAAUCGAAGUUAGAAGAGGUGCCAUCUUUAUAUUUCAACAAUUACUUCAAGGUUUGGGUAUGUCCUCUUUCCAAGUUAUUCCUGAUGAAUUGAAAUCAAUCUAUAACACUUUGAAAAAUGUUGAAUUCUAUGAUCAAGAUGAAGUUUGUAAAUAUCAUGCUCGUUCUACACUUUAUGAUUUAGAAAAAAUUACAAAAACUUUUAUUUUUCCAAAUCAUUCCGAUAGUAUUCAAAAUGAAAAUAAAGAUUUUAGAAAAAUUUUAUAA